AUGACGAAUGGGUCGCGUGCAUACGCGCCCUCGCGGUUCAGUAACGCCCCCUCCGAAGCCUCUGUCGGCACUACGAACGAGAAGACAACAACCACAACAGCACCCAUUGCGACUACAGCAACUGUACAACAAUACCCGUACAUGUGGGAUACCAAGGACCCCGACUUGGACGAUGCGCUCCACAACCCUGACCCCGUCCGAGACGCUGCCCUAGACCGCAGUUGUGCCCCCUUCUCCUCCCGAGGGUGGGUGAACGCUUCCGCUCUCUUCCUCAUCUGCGGCGGUAUCAUUGUGCUCUUCGCUGCCUACCCCAUCAUCGACCACUACGUCCACCAAUCACCGAAGAUCGCGGGCUUCAACCUCGGGGGCGUGAACGGGUCUGGUCAAGUACCCCAACUCACGAACUUCCCAAACAUGAUUGACUCCGACACGCCUCAAUCUGCGCGCACACGAACAGGGCUCGAUGGCAAGUCGUAUAGUCUCGUCUUCAGCGAUGAGUUCAACCAGGAUGGCCGCACGUUCUACCCCGGGGAUGACCCAUUCUGGGAGGCGGUCGACCUCCACUACUGGCCCACUGUCGAUCUCGAGUGGUACGACCCAUCAACAAUCACGACGCAGAACGGAAAGCUGGUUAUCACGAUGACGGAGACACCAAAUCACGAACUCGACUUCAUGAGCGGCAUGCUGCAAUCGUGGAACAAGCUGUGCUUUACUACGGGGUAUAUCGAGGUCUCGGUCAGCAUGCCAGGCAGCCCGCAGGCUCCUGGACUGUGGCCUGCUGCGUGGACUAUGGGCAACCUUGGACGGGCAGGUUAUGGCGCUACAACUGAGGGAACGUGGCCAUACAGUUACGACUCCUGCGACCUCGGUACGUUCCCCAACCAGACGGACAAGAGCGGGAACCCCGCUGUGGCUGCCACCGGAGGCAAGGGCGGGACCCCACUUAGCUUCAUGCCUGGCCAAAAGCUAUCCGCCUGCACGUGUCCCAACUCGGACCAUCCGGGUCCCUCGGUCAAUGUCGGCCGUGGCGUGCCGGAGAUUGAUAUCUUUGAGACCCAAAUCGACGUGAGCCGGUUCCAGGCUGAAGUCUCGCAGAGUUACCAGACCGCCCCGUACAAUUACCAAUACGAGUUUGUCAACACGUCCGACGUAACGCCCAUAUACGACACCUCGAUCACGAAGUUUAACACGUACAAGGGUGGCGUGUACCAGCAGGCCAUCUCUGCCGUCACGGAUAUCAACAAUGCGAACUACAAUGACCAGGGCUAUGCGGUGUACGGGUACGAGUGGUGGUCGAAUUCGAAGAAUCGCGACGAGGGCUUCGUCACUUGGGUCGCGAACGGCCAGAAGACGUGGACAAUGACGGCAGAUACGAUUGGACCAGACUCGACCACAGAGAUCAGCGCGAGAAUGAUCCCGGAGGAGCCCAUGUAUAUUAUCUUCAAUCUGGGCAUGUCACCCGGAUUCCAGGCACAAGACUUUAAGCACCUCACGUUCCCUGUGAGUAUGUACAUCGACUACGUGCGCGUGUAUCAGCGCAACGACGUGAUCGGUGAGGACUCGUACUCGUGCGACCCCCAGUCACAUCCAACGGCAGACUACAUCAACAACCAUCUAAACGCAUAUUCGAACCCGAACCUUACAACCUGGGAUCAAGCCGGUUAUACAUAUCCUCGAAACUCGAAGUACGACGGAUGUUGA